AAGUGCGUUCUAAAAAUGCCUUACAGCGUAAAUCUACCGUGCAAUGUCGAUGAGGUCGAAGCAAAACUAACUAACUUUUUCGAUGUCUUGUUUCAGGUUCUUCAGCAACGGCUGGAUCAGGCAACCCGGUCCCGGAUCUUCCUCAACAAGAAGCUGGACAAGUCGAAGGAGGACAUUGAUGAUCUCAAGUUUAGGCUCGAAGAGAAAACCAUCGAACUGGAGGGCACCAAAGCGCAGCUCCGAGUGCUGGAGUCCAAACACCAACAGCAGCAGCAACAGCAAAGCGCCAGCAAGUCCUCCUCCUCGUCGUCCGGUUUCAGCCCGGAGCAUCACCACCAUCCUCAUCAUCUUCCUUCGGGCGCUGUCCCCGCCUUGGCCUCCGCCAGUGGUGGCGGAUCACCGACAUCGUCCAGCAAAACGGCCGCCUCCUCGGUGGUCAGUACCUCGGCCGGUGGCAUCGUUAGCCACCAGCACCGAUCCGCUUCUACCUCGGAACUGGCCCAGCUGUCGUCUCCAGUUCACCACCAUCAUCAUCACCACCACCACCAUCAGCAACAACGGGAGUUGGCGCUGAGGUUGGCUCAGAGUCAGGUUUCAACGCCCAGCAUGAAGGCGAUGACCCCGCUGGCCAUGGACGAGAUCCUGCAGCACUCGAGUAGUACCGAGUCGGCGCAGGAUCAGGCCGAACGGGAUGGGCGGUUGCAAUGUCCGGAGACUCCUCGGAGGAGGCCCAGCAAGAUUCCACUGGCCGGGACUAAAGGGUAUGCGGCGCCGAAACCGCCUACCGGAAGGAACUUCCUGGCGUCACAGCAGCAACGGGGGGAGAAGAGUUCCCCGUCGCCGUCGGGGUCCCUGACGAACAACAAGUCGCUGAACAAGAGCACCGGGAGUCUGAACACGAUGAAAUCGACUGGGCCCAGUUCGAUCACCAGCAAGGACCGCGGCGGCAAGGACGUGAGUCUGAACCGACCGGAUUCGGCACAGAGCUGGCGACAACGGGACACCUCGCUGGAGAAGAGCCGCAGUUCAUCGAUUCCGGUUUCGAAGGGAGCCGGCGGAUCGUCGCCGACGGUGGUCAAACCGGUGGCCGCUAUCACGACGACCAUGGUCAGCAGUUCGCCGCUUCCGAAGGCGAAGAGGGAUUCGCUGACGACGCGGGUCAAGAACCUGGACUCGCUCUCGCGGUUCCAAUCGUCGGGGGCUUCCGCUUCCACGGGGAAUCUGAGCAAGUCCAGCUCGAAGAAGGAUCUGAGUUCGAGCUUUACGACGGGCCAGCUGCGGGAUCGGAAGCAAAGUUCCAGCGCCAUCCGGCGUGUUAGUAGUGCUUCCGUGGGGCGAGGGUCGUCGUCGUCUUCGCCGGGGGCUGCCGGAGGGGGAGAGCAGAACAACAACGGUAACGGUUCCUCCGGCGGCGGCAGUGGUGGAGGCCAGGGUGAUACCGGAUCCAGUGGAUCCGGUGACAACGGAAAGGUACGGAAUAUUCGUUCCUCGUUUUGGAAUUGGUUGAAGAUCUAAGUUUUUUGUGACCGUAUUUUUUUACGUUUAUUGAUGUGAGUAAUUCGACCCCUUUGUAUGCCGGGAGGAAAACCGGAAGCGGGUUCCCGGAGAAAUCGUGUUCCUUUCUAACCUUAUACUUUCGUGUGUGCGGAACUCUCUUAUCAGUUCGCGCGAAGCGUUUCGUUAGGUUGAUUUUUUUUUCUUCUCUGUAUCCUACUCGAGAGAGAGAACGCGGUAAUGUUUCCGUAUCGUAUCCUUUGACUGAAUCGUGAAUUAGUGAUUUCUAUGUAAAGAGCAAGAAAGAAUGAAGAAUUGCGCGCGCAGGGUGUUACUUUAAGGCUAAAUAGGGAGAGUUGUAAUCAAAAAUAAAGUGAUUUCAUUGGUUUCCGCUAGAAGAAACGAAAGAAGAAUUUUAACACAAUUUAUACCAGUACACUAGAAGUGAAAAUUAGGAGAAAAAAAAUAACAGGAAAAAUCGAUGGCCUUAUGCACGUUCAGUGUUGUUGUUUUACUACUACUAUUAUUAACAGUUUCUAACAGGGGAUGCCAGAUGCGGAAUUGGAUAUUUUUGAUAGACGUUCACUAAGGAGUUGCUUUACAAUUUUUUCCGAAAAUUUUUUCAGGAAUUAUUUAAUAAAUCUUUCUAGAAGUGCCUACAGGAAUCUCUCUGGGAUUUUCAUUCAGGAAUUCUUUUUGGGAGAUGAUGCAGGAUUUUUUUCAUGUAUUUUUUUAGGAGCUUCUUCGGAGAUUUCUGAAGAAAUUUCUUCAGAAAUGGCUCUUGGAGUCCCUUCUGAAGUUUCAUCAAGAAUUCCAUUUGUUUUUUUUUUCAGAAAUUUUUGCAAUAGUUUCUUUUAAAAUUGAUUACCUAUGACAAGUCUUCAAAGUUUUUGCUUCAACAGUUUUUGUAGGAACCCCUUCAGGAGUUUUUUUUUAAAAACUAUCCCAGAUUUACUUUCAGAAAUUUCUCUAGUAGUUAAUGCAUAAAUUUCUUCAAGAUUUUCUCAAAGUUUGUAAGAUAAUUCUACUAAGAGUCUGCACAAUUCUAUCACGAGUUCUUUUAGGAAUUCCUGCAGUAUUUCUUCAGGAGUUAUCGGUGCAAUUCCUUCAGAAAUUUCUCUAAGAGUUCCUUCAGGAAUUCUUUUAGAAUUUCUUUCAAGGUUGCUCCAGAAACUCCUUUAUAAAUUCCUGCCUAAGUUUCUAUGAAGAAUUUCAAAAUAAAAUUUUCCGAAGGUUUUUGCUUUCAGGAGUUUUUUCGAAAAUUCUCCCAGGAUUAGCCCAGAAACUUCUUUUAAAAAUUCCUCUCAUAAGCUCCUGCAGAAAUUCCUCCGGGUGGUUUCACAAGAAACUCCUCCAGUAGUUCCUUCAGAAACUGCCGAAGGAUUCCCAUCCGGAGCUUUUUUAGGAUUAAGCUUUCAUUAUUUUUUUUUUCUAGGAAAGAAAUUUCUCAAAGAGUUCUUUCAGGAAUUCCUCGAGAAGUUUCUUCUUGAUUCUCGUAAGAAUUCUUUUAGAAAUUGAUACAGGGAUUUUCAGGAAAUCUUCAAUGAGUUUCGCCAGGGACUCCUAAAAAAGCUUUUUCAGAAAUUUCCCUAUAAUUUUCUUCAUGCAUUCCAAGAAAAUCUUACUAAAGGUACCUACAAGAAUCCCUCGAAAAGUUUCUAUCAGAAGUUCUUUUUAAAUUGGAUGCAGUAUUGUUUUUUCAUGAAUUCUUUUACGAGUUCCCACAAAAAUAUCUGAAGGCAUCUGAAGCAAUUUCUCUAAGAGUCCCUUCAGAAGUUCCUUCAAGUAUUUAUAAGAGUUUUUUUUUUCUUUAGAAACUGCUGCAAAAUUGCUUUCAAAUUUUCUUCAAGACUACCUAUAACAAAUCUUAAACGAAGUGAUUCAAAAGUUUUUGUAGAAAUCCCUUCAGAAGUUUUACUAAAAAAUCUCCCAGAAUUACUUUCAGAAAUUUUUCUAGUUGUCAAUGCAUGAAUUUCCACUAGGAGUUUUUUUCACAGGAGUUCUUCCAAGAAUUUCUGCAGUAGUUUUCAGGAAUUAUUUUGGGAGUUUCUUCAAAGGUUCAUGUAGCAGUUUCUUCAUAAAUUUCUCUUGGAGUUCCUUCAGGAAUUCCUCUAGGAUCUAUUUCAAAAACUGCUCUAAUAUUCCCUAGUAAAUUCCUGCACAAGUUCCCAUAGAUAUUGAAAUUUCGCGUUUUUCUAGAGUUUCUUCAGAGGUUCCUGAAGUAGUCUCUUCAGGAGUUCCUCUAGGAGAUAUUUCAGAAAAUUUUCAGAUGUUUCGUCAAAGUUGCUUGAGGGGGUUCCUUUCAGGAUUUUGUUCAGAGUUCCCUUCAAGGAAUCCAGGAAAGCCAUGUGCCAUUUUGAUCCAAGCGAAGGUACUUCUUCAAAGCUCCACUUGCAGUACCGCGAUUUUUUUUUAUUUUUGCUUCUUCCUGUACGCACGGUAUCGAUCACGGUCGCCAUGUAGUGGGAAAAAAUUUCGAAUAAUAGCUCCAAAAGUGUCUGCAGGAAUUCGUUAGGAGGUCCUUAUCUAGUAAUUAGUACAUGAAUGCCCUCAGAAGUUCGUGCAGAAAUGUCUGAAUUUCAGUGCUUCUGCAGAAAUCCAUCUGGGAGUUUCCUAAUGUAUUCCUCCAGGAAUUCUUUCAGAAAAUGCCGCCGGAGCUUCUCAGGAAUUAUACUGAAGUUUAUCUAAUGAACCGUUCAGAAAUUUCACAAGAAGAACAUUCUGGAAUUCUUCGAAGAGUUUCUACAUUAGAUCUUUUAGUAGUUCCUUCAGUAAUUCGCUGCCCCCAUUCGCACAACAGUCCCAUGUGAAUAGGAAACCCAGCAAACAUGGUAAGAGUACCCAGCGAAUAGGGGUAGUGUAGUCCUGUAGACACAAGAAUCCUUCCAGAAUUUCUCUUGGAUUUCCUUUAGAAAUUGUUCCAGGAGUUUGUCGAAUCGUUACUUUGGCGAUUUUAUCAGGAGUCCCUUCAGGAAUUUCGCUGAAAGAGUUCUUCUAGAAGUUUCUUCAAGAGUUCUCAUACAGCAUGUCACGGUUGCCAUGUAGUUGUAAAGGAUUUCGAGUAAUAGUCCCAAAAGUUUCUGCAGGAAUUUCUUUUGGAGUUUGUUUAGAAACUUCUCUAGAAGUUUGUGCAUGAAUGGCUUCAGAAAUUCUUGAAUUUUUAAAGUGCUCCAUCAGAAAUCCCUCUAGUAGUUUCUUUGGGUAUUCUUUCUAGAAGUUGCCGUAGGAGCUUCUUCAGGAUUUAUGCUGGUGUUUAUCUGUUGAUCCCUUCAGAAAUUUCUCUAGUUUUUUCAUUACGUCUUCUAGUAGUUUCUUCAAGAAUUCCUCCAAUAGUUUCUACAAAAAUUUCUAGAAUUUUCUUCAGAAAUUGUUCCAGGAGUUUGUCUAAUAAUUACUUUAGCGAACUCUCUGGAAUUCCUCUGGAACAGUUUUUCUAAAAGUUUCUUCAAGAGUUUCUAUGUGGUAUAUUACGGUCACCAUGUAGUGGGGAAGUGUUUUGAGUAAUAUCUCCAAAGCUUUCUGCUGGAAUUCUUUUAGGAGUUUGUCUAAAAACUCCUCUAGUAAUUAAUGCAUGACUGUCCUUUGGAAAUCGUGGAGAUAUUGUUGUUUCAGUUGUUUCAGAAAUUCCUGAAUUUAGAAUGUACUACAGUAGAAAUCCCUCAGGGAGUUUCUUCAGAUAUUCCUCCAGGAGAUCUUUCGGAAGUAGUUCCUCCAAUAGUUUCUACAAGAAUCUCUAGAAAUUGCUUCAAUAAUUUCUUCAGAAGUUCUUCCACAAAUUAUUGCAAGAGUUUGUCUAAUCGUUAUUGUGGCAUUUUCUCUAGGAGAUCCAUGAGUUUCGGAAAUUUCUCUGGAAGAGUUUUCUAAAAGUUUCAUCUAGAGUUCUGCUAGACUUUGCUUUAAGAAUUUCUUUAGAAGUUUGUUUCCUUGUCGACCAAGAUCCAUGGAAAUUCUAAUAAUCCAAGUUUUUAAAGAAGUUAUUUUGGAAUUUAUCCAGAAUUCUAUUUAAAAAUUGCUAUAGCAGUUCAUUUGAGCAUUUUUCCAGGAGUUUCGGCAUAAAUUAAUGUAGGAGCUGCUUCAGGUAUCUCUCUAGAAGUUCCAACAAGAAUCUCUAGAAUGUUUUUCUCUAGGAGUUCAUUCAGUAGCUGCUUCAGAAGUUUAUCUAAGUUUCUUUAGAGAUUCUACUAGGAGAUCCUUCAAAAAUUGCCCUAGAGAUGUAAUUCUCAAAUGAGUUUAUUUAGGAAUUCUUUUAUGAGUUUAGUCAAAGUUUUCAUCAAGGAAUCCAGACAAAUCCUACUCCUUUCCUCAAAACUCGUCAAGUAAUGAAAGCAAGAAUAUCUGGUAAGAGUUCCUACAGAUGUUUCUCCAGAGUUCCUUCAGAAAUUCUUAUUAAGGAUUCCUGCAAAAACCCCUCUGGGAGUUUUUUCUGAAAGAGGUCCGCAGAAUGCUUUUCCUUUGUGUCAUAAGGAGCUGUUCUGUUUUUUUUUUUGUAAAUGUUACAUCACGGUCGCCAUGUAGUGAGUUUUGAAUAAUCGUUCCGAAAGUUUUUACAGAAAUUCCUUUCUAAAAAUCCUCCAAUAAUUAAUCGAUGCAUGUCUCUUAGACUACCAGCGGAUAUUUCUCCAAGAGUUGCUUCAGAAAUCUCUCUUAAGAGUUCAUGCAGUUCCUUUGGGAGUUUUUUAAAAUGAAUUCCUUCAGAAGCUGUCACAGGAUUUCCUUCCGGAGUUUCUUCAGGAUUUUUUUUUAUUUAUCCAGAUUUCUUUUUGGAAAUUCCUCUUGCAGUUCAUCCAAGAAUUCUUGUAGGAGUUUCGACAUAAAUCAUUCUAGGAGCUCCUUUAGGAAUUUCCCUAGGAGUUACUACGAGAAUCAUUAGAUUUUUUUGUCUUUUUUUUUUUCUCUCGGGGCUCAUUUUAGAAACAGAAGAGUUUCCUCUAGAAGAUCCUUCAAAAAUUUCUCUAAAGGAUUCUUCCAGUAUUUCCUUCAGAAAUUCCUUCAAUACUUUCUACUAGAUUCUCUAGAAAUUCCUUGUUCUUGUUAGUAGUUCCUUUAGAUAUAUCGCUUCUGCUGAAUGUUUUGCCGGAGUGUCUCCAGGAGUUAUUCUGGAAUUCAUUUAAAUGCUACGUCACGGUCACCAUGUAGUAAAGGUUCAGAGCUGUGAACACCGUAUUGGACAUAGGAUGUUAAUUUAUUCAGUUGCACUGCAAAGUUUAGUAACGGUUAGAAUCAGUAGGCUAAAGCUAAAGAGUACCAUUGUGAA